AUGGUUUUCAAAAGAAGAUCUAAGAAAUGGGAGGUUAUUGAGGAAUGGAGAAAAGAUGAGAAGUGGGAAUGGAGGGGCACGGCGGCGCAGUCCGGGAAAAGAGUCAAGGUACGUUUUUUUUUUUUUUGGAUUUUUUUUGAAUUUUUCUUUCCCCUUUUUUUGAAUUCUUUUCUUUUUUUACUUCUUUGCGUCUUUGUUACAUGGUCCAUUAUAGUCAAUAUGGUCACUAUAAAGUGUGGAUAUCCAGUUCAAUGA